AUGCAUAUUCUUAGUGUGACAUGCAUUGAGAUUGACGUGAACUCUAGCUAUAAGAAGAAGCUUGUAGAGAUGGGGUCACAAUUUCACUAUUCUCCUGAACAGGAAAAUAAUGGGGUUUCAUCUCUUCCAACCAUUCUUCAACUGAGCUGUAGAUGUUCGAGGUCUCCUGCAUCAACUUCUACAAAUACCAACACCUCACAGUUUAUAGCAUGUAGAUAUUCAGAUAAUAGCAUACGAAUUUUUGAAUUUUCUUCCUCAUUACGAAACGGACUAGGAAUUAAGCUUGUCGAGGUUAUACACUUCCCUUCUCAACCUGCAAAUAUUGUACAUAUUUCAUGGCAACAUGCUACCAAAUGGGAUAUUUUUCAGCUUGCCAUUCUUUUUAGUGACAAUACUUUGAAAUUUUGGAAUUCUAAGAAAGGCCUUUUGGAUAUAACUCAUGCUCUUGAUGUAAAAAUACCCACUCUUCCUCUAGGAGGCAUAUUUCACAGCACAAUUUGCGAAUUCUCAUCUAAUCCUAUGGAGCUCUAUAUUAUUGGAAAUACUGGAAUUUAUAUUUAUGAUAUUCGAGAGCGAAAAUCAAAAUUACUUUUGGAAAUGGCUGGAAUUACAGCAUUUGCAAGAAAUUAUGAUCAUCCAUACAUGUACGCGAUCAGUACUCAAAAGAGAGUACUCAUUUAUGAUGAAAGAAUGGGAUCCCAAGAGCUCAUAUGUUUCAAUCUAUCUCCUGAGCAUGACGGACUUUCUGAAAUGUUUUUUUACAGUCACUCGGAUAGCGAGCUUUUACUAAUUGGAUACAAGUAUCAACGAGGGAUUGUUUGCUUUCCAAUCGAACCUUCUGCCAUUUUAAUGUCACAAAAAGACAAACCCCUCAAAGCAGAGUUGCCAUGGGACGAUUUGGAGAAAAUAUUUUCCACUAAAUGCAGAGGUUCUGGAAUACCAACGCCACUUGACACGUUCCAUGAUGCAACGCUUCUAAUUUCCCCAAACUUGAAACUAUUAGAAAGCACUCCUCACUUUUUAGUUGGUUGCACCGUAAUUCCACCCUCCGAUCCAUAUCCAUUCCUUAAAGUGUUUCAUACGAGUGAUGGAGGAGAUGUUUUUUGUCAAUGUGUCUAUGUGAAUACCACUCAAGUGACCUUCAAAGGUUCAAGAAAUUACGAUCGAAAAAGUACCGCUCUUGUUAAGGCUGCAACUGCUUUUGAAAAGUUGUACAAGUGGAAUCGAAAAGGGCAUCCUUCUGUUUUUGAAAGCAACGCCUAUUGUGAUUUGUAUUCAUUAUUGGCCUUUAAUAGACCUACGGGAGAGGAUCAAGUGAGCAGUGACAGGCAAACUAGUGGGGAAAAUGGAGAGGGCCGUUCCAUCGCAUCAACGUCUGUAGAAUCUGAUAGCGUGAUCACUGUGGACGCAACCAAGCUUGUGAAAAUCAUGACCACUGACACGACACAAUCACACAAUAUUUCCAAUGGAUUCGGUGCAGAGAAAAUACCAACACCAGAGGAAAUCAAUUUCAUUGUGAAUAACCUUAGAAACAAGUACAAAAAUUGUCACCAAUUUCUCGUUUUUCCACUCAUCAAUGUUCACCAAGAAUUGGUGGAAGAACACUUUUUUUCAUUCAGCUUGUCACUCAAAACGUUGGACACUAUUUUGACAAGCUCCAAAUGUUUUCAUCGAUGGAAAAUUGGAGACGAUCCUGAGAUCUAUUCCGAUAUUUAUUUUGCCUUAACAGACGAAGAGGAAAAACGAAUUAAGGGAGAAAUCACUCGCUCGAAACAAUCAAGACAAGAGGCCUCUCAAAAUAUUCUGGAUAUUCUUUUUGCUGGACAAGAAGAAGCUAGCGACCAUGAAAAGGAAGCAGCUGACCUUCUCAAGAAGAAGACAAGCAAGACCCCAAAAGAUGUCUCUUCAUUCUCUCAGCAAUCUGUACACUACUCACAAAACAACGACGAUGGGGAAGUGGAUCAUGAGAGUGACAGUGAUGAAGUAGUGGAGGAGGGAGAAGAACAUGAUGGAGAUCUGCAAAAGGAUGGCACAACAUCUGAAACCAAAACUAAGGACGGUAAUCAUGCUCAAGACAUUGUUGACUUUCUUCUGGGCGAAAAUGAUGAAGACAUCGAUGAAGCAGUAAUGGGCCAUAACAAUGGUGAUUUAACAAUGCAUGAUGAUAGCAGUAGUGACGAGGAGGGUGGGCUCCAAAAAGAAGAUGUUGUUUUUUCACGGAAUACUUCCAAUCCCAACUUGACAACAUCAAACAACUCAGAAAGGAUUUUCAACUCGAUGGUCCUUUCCAAAGAGAUGAGAAGAACGAUAUUCGUUACGAAAAUAUCACCGUAA